CUUCCCGCCCUGCUUCCCGCGGCCGGACAUCGCUGCACCAGAAAGAUUGCGUCGAAAGCCGAACGCAGUUAAUCUAACUUCGGAGAUCGGCCUUAUAUGCCUUUCCAACGGAAUGCCCGACUUUUGAUUGGCUAAAACAGGGAAAUGCCUGAAACAGCCAAUAGCUACGCGGAUCCAGAAUUCACCAAUGGCGAUGAACGGCGUGACGAUAUUUCUGAAAAAACUUGUCUCAGCCAAUAAAAACUUAGGCUGCAAGUAACCCUAAUUUGCAUAACCGCCCUAUAAAUAAGGGCGCCCAAAAGAGCAAUCACUACUCUGACUUACGGGUCUUUCGCGCGUUUGUAUUCAGAGGAUUUGCUAUCAUGCCUGAGCCGGCGAAGUCCGCCCCCGCGCCCAAGAAGGGCUCCAAGAAGGCUGUCACCAAGACGCAGAAAAAAGGUGACAAAAAACGACGCAAGAGCCGCAAGGAGAGCUACUCGAUCUACGUGUACAAGGUGCUGAAGCAGGUGCACCCCGACACGGGCAUCUCGUCCAAGGCCAUGGGCAUCAUGAACUCCUUCGUCAACGACAUCUUCGAGCGCAUCGCCGGCGAGGCGUCGCGCCUGGCGCACUACAACAAGCGCUCCACCAUCACGUCGCGGGAGAUCCAGACGGCCGUGCGGCUGCUGCUGCCCGGCGAGCUGGCCAAGCACGCCGUGUCCGAGGGCACCAAGGCUGUCACCAAGUACACCAGCUCCAAGUAGGCGCGCUUUGCGUCCUUUGCCCGAUAUUUACGACCCAAAGGCUCUUUUAAGAGCCACCCACCUUUUCAUAAAAAGAGCUGAUGCUGUGGCGAGUUCUUAGCCUAUACCGUUUACUUUUCUCUUAGGGCACAAGGGGGUGGGGAAUGUGCAGUUGGCGGUGGAAAAGUACCGUCAGUUUCAAGGAUAGCAGGAUUUGCAGUCUUAGUGGUAAACGGCUAAGUCCUGAAUGUCCUUCAACGGACGCGAGCAUGUUCAUGAUUCGCUUAAAACCCCUAGGAGCCUGCUUUUCCUGUUAUGUGCAGUGUAGGAGAGCCGAGUUAGAAAAGGAAUACUGUCGGUGGUCUCAACGGUCAAGACAAGUGCUCUUAGGGCUCGUACAUGGUGUCUUCCAGUUAAGCUACGCUUAUGGAAGACUGAAUCAGAGGUAUGCAAAGCACCGGCCGUUCAAGACGACCCCGUGCUCUUGUUCAGUUGUUUCUGAGCCCAAGGCUCCGACAUGGAUGCCCGCUCUACUUCACUAUCCCCAAAAUAGGUUUUCGCAGGCAAACAGGGGAAGAAGAGCGGAACGCUGCUCUGCGUUGCCGGCCGCGAACUGCUCAGUGCUGCACAGGCGGUAGCACCUAGCACAGGCUUGCCGGUGUGGCUCUUUGGCGGCUUUCGUUCGCCUCUCU